AUGGAAUGCGGAAGGACUAUCCAAGAAACUAAUGGAGUAAUAAAGUCCCCAGUUACUCCAGAAAGUUUAUAUUCCAAUCAAGUGAUUGAAUGCGAAUGGAGAAUGCUCGCUCCGCACGGUCACCGUAUCAAAUUCGCAAUUACAUCGUUGGAUAUUUAUGAAACCGCUGACUGUGCUACCGACUAUUUGGAAAUCGCAGACGGUUACUCCGACGACAAAGCACUCCGGCGGAAAUUCUGCAGAACUGGUAAUGAAGCUAGUUUACAUUCGACGGACAAUCGUAUGUUGGUGAAAUACCGAAAAAGUGGUGAGAGCACCCACAAGGGAUUCACUGCGCAAUACCAACAGACUUGCAAUCACACAAUAUUUGUUGAUGGAAAAAUAGUUCAUUUGGAGUCUCCGAAUUAUCCCGAACCGUACGGAGCGAAUCAACAAUGCUAUUGGUGGCUAUUCGCUCCCGAAAACCAUCAGCUCACUGUUAAACUCGACUUUGUUGAGCUUGAAAAUAAAGAGGAUAAUUGUUCCUUGAAAUUUGAUGAUGGAAGGACUGAGACAAGUGCUUGCGCUUUUGAUAAGGCUGCUGAAUAUUUUAGUACUGAUAAUUAUCUUAAUGUAAGCUUUAUUCCUCGAUCUACUGGACGAAAUGGAUUUUCAAUUUCUGUUGCCGUGAAAAUUUUAAUUUGAGAUUUUUUUUUUACUUUAAAUUAAAAAAUUAUUUUUAUUUUUUAGAUUUUUGACAUUCAAUACUAUUGAAAUGUCUUAUAAGUUGUUAUUGCAAAAUAAAAAAAACUUUUUUUUUUUUUUAAACAGAUUUAAAA